AAUCUAUUGGACAACAAGUGGGCACUGGUUCAUUCAAAUCCGAUAUUAAGUUCACUUUGUAAUUCUCGCCCUGUCAGGUACUUGAUAUUUGUGAUAUCCCGUCCGGAUGGUCAAAUACUUCAUAGCUUAUUCCACAGUAACUCGAAUAAUCAAUCGCCGAUGCUUGUGGAAAAGCCCUUCAAUUUCAGUAUUUCACCAUCGCUGCAGGAAAGCGUGCCCGGUUUCCAUCUUGGAAACCUGUAUCCUGUUUCUACUUGAGCUCUUUCCUGAACCAAGACCAUCAAAUUUCUGCCAUUCAGCGAUAUCACUCAAUGCCAACAAUACUACCACAUAUCACACAUUUUCAGUGAUAACAAUUGCCGACACUUUGGCUCAGCCAUAACAAAGCCUCAAGAGAGUCUCGCGAGGACUCGCUCACAUCUUCACGACCUGACAUGAUUACCGAAAUCAUCGAUCAGUCAAAGACUGAAGAUGCGGCUUCCAAGCUUGAGGACGCGCUUGAUUCUGACCAUGACAGUGAAGCUUUUCCUCGAGAUGAUGGAGAGAACAAGACUCACAAGGUCGCAGCCAGGCGAGUUGCAGACAAUGAUGAGCUCGCACAUUGGAUUCGCCAGGAACAGAAGCGAAUGAACGAAAGAAGUCUUAGACUCACACCUGGGGGGCGGAAGGCUUUUACAUGGGAUGACGCCGAUGUGGAACGAAUCCUCUCCAGCCGCCAUCCUGCUGAUAAAAUGAUCAUAUCCAGCCCUCGAGAAUAUCAAGUUGAGCUUUUCGAAAGGGCCAAGGAGAAGAAUCUGAUCGUUGUAUUGCCUACAGGGACUGGCAAGACCCUUAUUGCAGCUCUUUUGUUACGUUGGGUAAUUGAUCAGGAACUGAUUGACCGAGCCAAUAAGGAGAAGAACCUCGAGCGUCGUAUCGCCUUCUUUUUGGUCGACAAGAUCUCUUUGGUACAUCAGCAAUGGAAAGUAUUGAAGGCCAAUCUUGCCCAUGAUGUUGCCAAAUUCCAUGGAGACAUGGUUGGGCCAGCAGCCAACCAAUCAUUCUGGAAGCAGCAGUUUGACGAGAAUAACGUUGUCGUCUGUACGGCCGAUAUCCUACGACAGUGCCUCUCUCAUGGAUACUUCCGUAUGGAACAAAUCAACCUCAUAAUCUUCGACGAGGCACAUCAUGCAAAGAAGAAUCAUCCUUAUGCAAGGAUCAUCAAAGACUUCUACGUCGACCUAAAAAGUUCCGACCUGAGGCGACCGCGUAUUCUUGGAAUGACGGCCUCACCUGUCGAUGCUAAGACUGAUCUCGCCAUAGGUGCGGCUCAGCUAGAAGGACUCCUGCAUGCCGAAAUUGCCACAGUCGAUGAUCCUGCGCUCAUGAGGACCGUUUCAAGCAAAGAUGGAGCCGCACUGGAUCAACUUAUUGAGUACUGGCUUCCUGGUGAAAAUAUUGAGACACCUUUGUGGCAGAAAUUAAACAAUCUUUUGGGUCGUAAUAUCAUCUUCCGAAAGCUAUUGGUAUAUACCAGGGCAUGCACAAGAGACCUUGGCCGCUGGUGUGCUGAUAGGGUUUGGCAAAUCUCUCUGACGCCGAACGAGCUGGCGAAGGCGAGAGCCAAGACGGAAAUGACUCUGAUGAAAACUCGAUCCGAAAUUCUCAUUUCGACAAUUGAUACCCAAACCUCACUUAUUGAAGAUGCGAACGAGGUACUGCAAGAGCAUCAGUUCACUGAGGUUGAGGAGUCUGGUAGUCAUUUGUCUCCAAAGGUUCAGGCACUACUGAAAACACUUAAAGAGCACUUCAUCCCGGCUUUCGACAAGUGCAUUAUCUUCGUUGAGCAGCGACUUACAGCAGUCAUACUGGCUGAUCUGUUCUGCCAAUCAGCCCUAAAGUCCUACGGCUUCUCAGCAGGAACUCUGGUAGGCUCUGGAAUAGGAGAACUCGGCGCAGCGCAGGCCAUGUCCAAUCACGAGCAGCAGUGUGCCAUCCAACAGUUUCAUACCGGCGACCUGAAUAUACUCAUCACUACAACCAUUGGCGAAGAAGGCCUCGAUAUUCCAGAUUGCAACAUGGUGAUAAGAUUCGAUCUCUACCACACCAUGAUCCAGUAUAUACAGUCAAAAGGACGCGCACGUAUGAAAAAUUCUAAGUACUUCCACAUGAUUGAAAUGGGUAACGCGGAACAUGUCCAGAGAGUAUUUGAGAGUCAAGAGAAGGAGGAGGUCCUACGCAACUUCUGCCUGGCACUGCCCGAAGACCGCCUGCUCAAAGGCAACGAUUUUAACAUGCAUUUCUUCCUGCGCAAGGAGAAGACAAAGCGAGUGUAUAAGGUUCCGAGUACUGGAGCCAAGUUAACAUACGAAUCGAGUCUUGUGGUGCUUGCGACAUAUGUUGAAUCUCUGGCAGAGUACGCGGAUGUUAGCCUGAAAGCUGACUAUAUCGUGAAGAGCGUCAGCAAAGAGUUUCAGUGCGAAGUUAUUAUGCCGGACAACUCGCCAGUCAAGACUGCCAUCGGUCGUCGUGCCAGCUCAAAGCAGGUUGCCAAGUGCUCUGCUGCUUAUGAAAUGUGUCUCAAACUAAGAAAAGCUGAUGAACUUGACGAAUAUCUACAGUCAGCUCGCAAGAAACAUCUUCCAGCGAUGCGCAAUGCGCAGUUGGCGUUAAGCUCGAAGAAGCGAGCCGAGUACAGCAUGAGAGUGAAGCCGAGUAUCUGGAACGCUCGCGGACAUUACAGCAGACUUUAUGUCACCAUCCUGAAGCUCGAGGACCCUGAGACAUUGGAUAGACCCUCACGCCCACUUGCUAUGCUCACUCGAAGUCCUUUGCCCCAUGUGGCAAAGUUCCCGAUUUUCUUCAGGAAUCAUAUGUCUUCUAUAGUCGAUUGCUUCCCUGUACCUGUGGAGGUUCCGGUAUCACCAGCACAAGUGGAGGGUCUGACAACCUUCACUCUGCGGGUCUUCAAGGACGUAUUCAGCAAAGAAUACAAGUCCGAGCCAGAGAGAUUGCCUUACUACCUAGCUCCAUUGAACAAAGACCAUGCUUUCCCCUUCACUUACUAUGAGGGUAUUUCUGCCAUGAUCGACUGGGAGUGUCUCACUAUGCUUCAAUCUGUUGGCGACUUGGACUGGGAGGGUCAGCCCCCGUCGUUCUUCGAGAACAAAUACAUAACUGAUCCGCACGAUGGUUCACGUAAAUUCUAUACCAUCCGGCCACGGGAAGACCUGAAGUCUACCGAUCCUCAGCUUCCCAAUGUUAAAGGUAUAGGAAAUUCGCGACCGCGUCGCGAGAGCCCCAAAGACAUCUGGAAUUACAGUGUCAGCCUAUGGUCAAAGUCGAGGUCGCGAAUUGAGGUACGCGACGACCUUCUAGUUGUCGAGGCCGAAUAUAUUCCACUUCGUCGCAAUCUUUUGGAUGGGUUUGAAAAGUCCGACAAUGAGAGCAAUCACUGCUACAUAUGUUUCGCAACCCUCAAAAUAUCUGCUUUACCAGUUGACGUGGUGGCCAUGGCUUACAAUCUACCCGCCAUCAUCUAUCGUUUGGAAUCUAACCUAAUCGUUCUGGAAGCCGUCCACGGACUGGGCCUUGACAUACGGCCUGACUUAGCUCUUGAGGCCAUGACCAAGGACAGCGAUAAUACGGACGAGCACACAGCUGAACAAGUCAACUUCCAAAACGGCAUGGGCAACAACUAUGAGCGUCUCGAGUUCUUAGGUGAUGCCUUCCUGAAAAUGAGUACCUCGAUUGCACUCUAUACUAGAGCUCCAGAGGGCAACGAGUUCCAUCAUCAUGUUGAUCGCAUGGUACUUAUUUGUAAUAAGAACCUGUUCAACAAUGCUUUAGAGCUCAAGCUUGAAGAAUCGAUACGAUCAAAGUCGUUUAAUCGCCGGGUCUGGUAUCCAGACGGCUUAGAGCAACUGAAGGGCAAGAAAGGAGCUGGCAGAAGUAUCCAUGUGCUCGGCGAUAAGUCUAUUGCAGAUGUCUGUGAGGCACUUAUCGGUGCAGCUUACCUUACCGGCUUGGAGAAGAAUAACAGCUUAGACAUGGCUGUGAAAGCCGUGACGAUUUUCGCCAACUGCAGGCUGGAGAACAAAUAUCAUACAAUGAAGACUUACGAUGCUUUCUAUUCGGCCUUUAAGAUUCCCGAAUGGCAGUCUGCUGAGCCUACUGCAGUCCACAUCGAUCUUGCUAAGAAGAUUGAAUCAAAGCUGGGAUACAAGUUCAAGUACCCACGCUUGCUUCGUUGCGCUUUCAUUCACUCGUCAUAUACGUUCAUGUACGAACAUAUCCCAAGUUACCAGCGCCUCGAAUUCCUUGGCGAUGCUCUGCUGGAUAUGGUCUGCGUCGACUAUCUCUUCCAUCGCUUCCCCGGCGCAGAUCCGCAGUGGCUCACUGAGCACAAGAUGGCUAUGGUAUCAAACCAAUUCCUAGGAUGUCUAUGUGUGUGCCUGGACCUGCACCGACACAUGAUGUCCAUGACGGCCAACAUGCCUCAACAAGUCGCCACCUACGUAGAUGCAAUUACGAGGGCCCGCGAGGAAGCAGAGCAAGAGGCCGAGCUCGCAAAUCUCUCGCGGUCAUGCUACUCGCGCAGCUUCUGGACCACCGUCAUAGAGCCACCAAAGUGCCUCCCGGAUGUUGUCGAGGCCUGCAUCGGUGCCAUCUUUGUCGACUCAAAGUACGACUACGGCCGAGUGCAGAAGUUCUUUGACGCUUACAUCAAGCCGUACUUCGAGGACAUGCAUCUCUACGACACAUUCGCCAACAAGCAUCCCGUGACGUUCCUGAGCAAUAUGUUGCAUCUCACCUACAGCUGUGCCAACUGGCGCGUCAUGGCCAGUGAGAUGCCGGCCGAAGGCUCCAUAACCGAGACCCAGGUCGUCGGUGUCGUCAUGAUACAUGGUGCUGUGCGUGCCCACGCCAUGUCGGCCAGUGGACGCUAUGCGAAGAUUGCGGCAGCAAAUCGGUGUAUGAACCUUCUCAAGGAUAUGCAUGUCGACGAGUACAAGAGGACAUUCGGCUGUGACUGCAAGCCAGAGGAUAUCGAGGAGAGCGAGACUAGCAAGCAUGCUACUGCUAUCUAGUUCGAACCGAUUGCAACAUUUUCUUUUUGUGCGGUAGUUACUCUAGCAGGUGGGUGGACACAAGAAUUGGCGCACUAGCAGAUGAGAUAUAGUAGCUGCUAGACUAGGCCAAUCCCAAUAUACCGCCUGUCCAGGUUUUUCUCAAAACUGCGGGACGAUGAAGGUGCUUAACAGGCAGAAGCGCGGAUGGGGCAUGUGUACUUAUUCAUAAGAUCGAGUAGAGGAGCCUUGGGAAUCAAGCUAUAUCGAUAGACCCAGUCAAGUAUGACCUUGCGGUUACAGGCGUGCGAUAUUUUCGUGGUUGUGUCAUUCGUUAUCCAGAAUCUAGCGAAGUUUCAACUGCCACCAGCGCAUGUGAACAUGUACAUGCGCCACUUGACUGCGUACUGUGGAUCGUUCAU